ACAGACAAGAAGAAAGGAGGUAAAUUCCAGCCUUUUAAGAAGUUGUUUGGUAAAAGGAAAAAGAAAGACACUUUGUUGUCCCAGGAGGCGUCAGCAGGGAGUAAGAGUCACUCUCCCCAGAGUGUCAGCAAUGGGACCUUCUCUUCAGAUGAGGAGACCCUGGAAGACAAUCUAAGGUCCUUCAACUAUUCUAUGGGAACCCGGGCCUUUUCCCAUGACAGUAUUUUUAUCCCUGAUGGGGGAGCAGAAAGUGAGCAGACAGUUCAAGCAAUGUCACAGGACAACAUCCUGGGCAAAGUCAAAACUCUUCAGCGACAGUUGAGCAAAAACAUCAAGUUUGGGCAGCCACCACCCAAUGCCAUUCCCAUGAAGAAGGCGGACAGUGGCGAGGUUAGCUUAGAAGAGGAUCUAUUCCUGACCAGUCCCAUGGAAAUUGUGACUCAGGAGGACAUCAUCCUGUCAGACACGGAGAACAAACCCAGUGAUACGCCAAGUUCUCUGAGUCCUCCGAAUCUGCCUGGAGCCAGAAGUGAGAUGGAAGAGAAGGUGGCUCCAGUUAAACCAUCGCGGCCAAAAAGGCACUUCUCUUCUGCUGGAACCAUCGAAAGUGUCAACCUAGAUGCCAUCCCCCUGGCCAUCGCGCGUCUGGACAACAGUGCUGCCAAGCACAAACUGUCCGUUAAGCCAAAAAACCAGAGGGUGUCAAAGAAACACAGGCGACUUGCCAGGGAUCGACUGCAUGAACAAGGUAGCCUUCCGGGUCAGCUGUCCCUGGACCAGAACGGACACCCUGGAGAAGGCAGACCAAUUUGGCAUGAGGAGGAGCCAGAGCUGCUGGACUCUGAAGAAGAGAAGAGAUGCCAAGAAGAAUACUGGCUAGAACUUGAGGCCAAGUGCAAACGGCAAAAGGCUGAAGCAGCCGAGAGGAGACGUCUGGAAGAGCAGAGACUCCAGGCCCUGGAGAGGAGGCUUUGGGAAGAGAACAGAAGGCAAGAGCUCUUGGAGGAGGUAGGCGAGGACGAGGAGGGAGACGAGGCAGAGCUACAGCUGGAGGCAGAAAAGAGGCAGCACCAAGAGGAGAGGCAGAGACUGGAAGGGCAAGGUGUCCAAGGCCAAGAGCGGAGAGAACAAGAGGAAGGAAGGCACCUGGAGGCCCAAGAGCAGCCGCCACGCACACAGCAGGAAGAGCAGGCGGUGUGGAGCGGGCAGGAGGCCGAGAAGCAGCAGGAAGAACAAGAGGAAAGAGAGUUGAAGGAGCUGGAGGAACAGAAGCAGUUGGAGGCCGAAGAGCAGCAACAAAGGGAGGAGGAGGAGCAGCAGCGGCAAAGGGAGGAGGAGCUGCGGCUGCAGGAGGAACAGCAGAGUCUGGAGGAGGAGCAGAGGCGGCUGGAGGAGCAGCAGCAGUGGAGGCGGGAAGAGGAGGAGCAUCGAGAACGAGAGGAGAAGAGGCAGCAGGAGGAGGAGCAGCGGCAACGAGAGGAGAAGCUUCGCCUGCAGGAGGAGCAGCGCCUGCAGGAGGAGCAGCGAUGGGAGGAGGAGGCAGCAGCAGAGAGAAGGGCAGAACAGGGAAAGCGGGAGGAAGUGGAGGCGCAGAGGCAGCAGGAAGCGGAAGGUCGAGAAGCAGCGAGUGUGCAAGAGGAGAGGUGGCAGCCACUGGACGUGGAAAGGAGCUCAAGGAGCCCAGUUCAGGUGGACUUUGCAGACAAAUCAGGCAAACGAGAGCACCUGCAACCCGAGAAGCAAAGAGAACACUCUGAGGAGUCAAGGAUUUGCGAGAAGCAGAGCCAGGAGGCUGAGCCAUGCGGAGAGCAGCAGGCACAAGGCGGGGAUUUUCCCGGGCAUGGUCGUCGUGCACGUCAGGAAAAGAGACAAGAAGCUAACAUGCAGCCUCCCCGGAAACAAGAGGCGAAGGUAGAAGAGACGCUGGCUGCCGGGGAAAAGAAGGAAGCUGCCGCUCCAGAAAAAGACAGGAAGGUGGAGGAACUUCGGUGGCAGGAAGUGGAUGAGAGGCAGACCACGCCCAGGCCCUAUACUUUCCAGGUGUCAUCCGGAGGGAAGCAGAUUCUCUUCCCCAAAGUCAAUCUGAGCCCAGUGACGCCCCUGAAGGACGCGGGACUUGCCUCUGCCCCCCAGGAGCCGAAGACCCCCAGAGCCAGCCCGGCCUCCCAUGCCUUGCCCUCCUCCCUAAGUGUCCCCCACACAGCCAUUCUGGUCACGGGAGCACAGCUCUGUGGCCCGGCCGUUAACCUGAGCCAGAUCAAGGACACAGCAUGCAAGUCUCUCCUGGGCUUGUCAGAAGAAAAGAAGCACGUGGAUGUCCCUGCCCUGGAGAACCCACCCCGAGCAUCUGUCGACCCCCGGUCAGGGAGCGGGAAGGCCAGGCCCCCCCAGGAGUCUCCAAGCAGUGUGGCUGCACUAGCCGAAUGGGCUUCCAUUCGGUCCAGAAUUCUGAAGAACACAGAGAGUGAGCAGCGCGUUGAUAGAGACCAGUCUCGGCCAGGUGAUGAGCACACUCCCAGGGGCCGUUGUGAUUCCCGCGGGAACCUCCGGAGGAUCCCCCCAGUAAAUGCAAAAUUCUCUAUUAUGCCUGCUUGGCAGAAAUUCUCAGAUGGUGGCACCGAGACCUCCAAACCUAACACAGAAGCAGAGAGCAUUAGAAAAAGACCUGUGCUGGGACCCAAUGAUGGGUCAGCUCCCCAGCCCCUGGCUACUUAUGAGCACCCAAAGGGUACAGAGAAACUGGAGCCAGCAGACAGCACAGAGGGAUGCAAAUUUGCCAAAGACCUCCCAUCUUUCCUUGUUCCAAGCCCUCCUUACCCUCUACAGAAAGCAGUGGCCCAUGCAGAGCCCAUGAUCAUUUUGGACAGUGAGACCAUCAGUGGUAUAGGAAAGGCAGACCCCGCAACGCCUGGUCAAGAGGAAAAAGCCUCACCGUUUGGGAUAAAAUUGAGAAGGACCAACUACUCCUUGCGCUUCCACUGUGACCAACAGACAGAACAAAAGAAGAAGAAAAGGCACAGCAGCACCGGGGACAGUGCUGAUGGUGGGCCACCUGUACCAGGAAGCACAAAAGGAGAGAAAGAGACAGAGGGUGUGGCCCUCAAGCAUGGCCUGUCCCUAACCCCUGAGAGAAAGCAAGCCCUGUCCACCUGGAAGAACUCUGCUGAAAGAGUACACUCUUCUCCUGCAGCCCAGCUGGGGCCUCAGCCAGUUGCAGAGCACGACAAGGUGGCAAACAAAAUGCCAUUGGUACAGAAGCCAGCCCUGGCUCCCAAGCCUGCCGGUCAGACUCCCCCCUCCUCCCCACUCUCCAAACUGAGCAGGCCCUACCUGGUAGAGCUGCUGGCCCGCCGGGCAGGGAAGCCAGACCCGGAGCCUGGCGAGCCAUGCAAGGAGGGUCAGGAGAGCAGGGACCUCUGGCCGCGGUCACCGCCACCCCCAGAGAAAAGGAAGGCACACAAGAGGGAUGAGGAGGAAGUUGUAGAAACAGCGAGGAAACUUGGUUCCUCGGCCCUGUCUGCUGCUCGGCCAGAAAAGCCUUCCCAAACCCCUGAGGCCGGGAGGAAAGAAAAGCCUGUUCUUCAGAGCAGGCACUCGUUAGAUGGCUCCAAACUUGCAGAGAAGGUUGAAACUGCGCAGCCACUGUGGAUAACUUUAGCACUGCAGAAACAGAAGGGGUUUCGGGAGCAGCAAGCUACUCGAGAGGAGAGGAAGCAAGCCAGGGAGGCCAAACAGGCAGAAAAGCUCUCCAGAGAGAACGUCGGUGUCAUCCUGCAGCCUGGAAGCAGCAGUAUCAGCAGAGCGGGCUCCUUGCACAAGCACAGCCCACAGCUGGAGGAGAAGAAGCCGGAGACUGCAGCAUCCAGGCUUGAGCGCAGGGAACAGCUGAAAAAGGCCAACACUCUUCCCACAUCUGUGACAGUGGAGAUUUCGGAUUCAGCUCCCCCUGCACCGCUGGUCAAAGAAGUCACCAAGAGGUUCUCAACCCCAGACGCUGCCCCCGUGUCAACAGAACCAGCUUGGCUGGCGUUGGCCAAAAGGAAAGCCAAGGCCUGGAGCGACUGUCCACAGAUCAUUAAGUAGAGUGACUCUUAACCCACUCCUGUUGCCAGUUAUUGGCUCUUCUCUUGCCCUUGUUAUUUAUUUUUUAUAUGAGGUAAAGAAACCAAGCUAGGGAAAAGCAGCAUGUUUUAUAGGCUCUAAAAUAAUUGUUUAGAAACGGAA